AUGGCAACUAGCAAAUCAAGUGAUACAAAAAAAAUUCAUCCAACAUUUGAUCUAUCCACGCGUGCAACUGCAAAUCGACGCAUGAACAUGCAAAGAAUGCAAAAUACCCUCCUGAUUUGGUUAGAUAACAAUAUUAGUGAUAAUAAUGCUGAUUGUAAUAAUACAAUCAAGGAAUUGAAAUGCGUAGUUAACAAUAUAAGCACGUUUACAAAUGGUGAAGAAUGUGUUGAAUUUAUUCAAACCAUCACCAACAACAAAGCAUGUAUGAUUGUUUCUGGUUCACUUGGGAAAUAUGUUGUGCCUCAUGUGCAUGACUUGUCCCAAAUAGACACUAUUUUUAUUUUUUGUAAUAAAAACAAUCACGAAUGGCAUCAACAAUGGACCGAAGAAUGGCCUAAAAUAAAAGGAAUUUUCACAGAUAUAACAUCAAUCUGUGACGCUCUCAAGCAAACUGCUCGCCAAUGUGAGCAAAAUGCUAUCUCAAUCAGCUUUGUGGCAUCAAACAAAAAGUUGGAUCAAUUAGAUCCAUCAUUUAUGUAUACUCAGAUCUUGAAAGAGAUCUUAUUAACCAUCGAGUUCGAAGAUAAGCACAUUAAAGAAUUUAUUACUUAUUGUCGUACUGCACUUGUCGAAAAUGAGUAUGAGUUACAAAAUAUUGAAAAACUGGAACAUGAUUAUCAUAAUCAUGUACCUAUUUGGUGGUAUACUUAUCUAUGUUUUUUAUAUCGUAUGAUCAAUCAUGCAUUAAGAUCAAUGGAUGUUGAUAUUAUUGUUCGAAUGGGUUUCUUUAUUAAGGAUCUGCAUCGUGAUAUUCAACGACUCCAUUCAGAACAAUUUGAUGGUGAACAAUCUAGUAAUAAAUUUACAGUUUAUCGUGGACAAUGUCUCUCAAAAGAAGAUUUCAUUGAGAUGAUAAAAACAAAAGGUGGACUUCUUUCAUUUAAUAACUUUUUAUCAACUAGUAAAAAUCAUGAUGUCUCUCUCUUAUUUGCACCGCAAGCUGCUAUAAAUUCUGAGUUUGUUGGAAUUCUAUUUGUUAUAUCAAUUAAUCCAACGGAUUCAACAAGUCCAUUUGCUUCUGUUAGUGAUGUUAGUUAUUUUCAUACAGAAGAUGAAGUUCUCUUUUCUAUGCAUACCGUUUUUCGUAUUGAAGAUAUUCAAACAGUAGAUGGAAACAAUCAGCUCUAUCAAGUGAAUUUAACAUUGACCAAUGAAAAUGAUCAAGACCUUCGAACUCUUAGCGACCAGAUUCGGCAGGAGACCUUUCCAGAUGAAGAAGGAUGGUAUAGGUUGGGAUUAUUACUGAUUAAAAUGGGUCAAUUUACCAAAGCUCAAGAAAUUUAUCAAGUUUUACUUAAUCAAGCAGCAGAUGAGAGUGAUAAGGCAUCGAUUUAUUAUCACCUAGGUUGGAUCAAAUACAAUCAAGGAGAAUAUCAAGAAGCACUUUCAUCUCAUGAAAAAGCUCUUACAAUUCGACAACAGUUACUUCCUUCCAAUCAUCCUGAUUUGGGAGAUUCCUAUAAUAGAAUCGGUAUUAUAUAUGACAGCAUGGGUGAUUAUCCAAAAGCACUUUCAUAUCAAGAAAAAGCCCUUGCAAUUCGACAACAAUCACUUUCUUCCAAUCAUCCUGAUUUGGCGAAGUCUAGGUGA